CGGCGAUGACCCACAAGCGAAUGGGCAGACAGACAGAUGUCUUUCCGACCAUUUAAUUCGCGGUGCCUGGAUUGGGAUCUACGAAGGAAUGAAAGAUUACUCUGGUCGGGGUACCACGAUACGUGCGUAUGUUAUGUAUGCAAGUGUAUCUGUGUGUAUCUGUUUAUAUGUCAUCAAUGCAAAAAGGAAUCUUGACGAAACCAUGAUAUUGAUUUGAAAUGUGCAAUAACUGAGGAUAUAUAUCAUGUCUUAGAAGGAGGGAGAUGGAGGAGCUUUUUUGUGUAGACAGCGGAAUUCCACGCAUCCAAACACGUCGAAUCCCGUUUCCCUCAAGUCCUGUUUGUAACUCGGGUCUUUUGCUGUCUGCCCAUACAUAGAGCAUUCUCCUCAUCUUUGCAAACGAUCACACCAACCCCGACAUUUCAUUUAUUUUCAUAUAUUCCCUAGUAACGUAUCUUACCUCUUUCUAAGCGAGAACCGAUUUUAUUGCUCUACUAUUCAGCGAAAUACUACUUCGUUCCCGAAAGAAGAAGUAGUACCGAAGAUGUCGAAUACAAUCCUAGCAACACCACUGACGCUGCCCAGCGGCGUAGUCCUGCAGAACCGUUUGGUCAAGGGUGCAAUGGCCGAGCAAUUCGCAGACGCCAACAACAACCCAUCAGACCCUCACAUACUCGCAUACCGAGAAUGGAGCACAGGAGGCUGGGGAGGUUUACUCACCGGCAACGUAGACGUAUCAACAAAAUACAUGGGAGGCUACAACGACGUAGCCCUCUCCGCCUCCCCAAACACCGCAACAAUCGAAUCCUGGCACCGCUGGGUCGCCGAAGUCCAAGCCCACAACACCCCCGGAAUCGUGCAACUCGUCCACGCAGGCCGCCAAUCCUGGCCAGGAGCCAAACGCAGCUUCUUCGAAAAAUCAAUCGCGCCUUCGCCCACCCCUCUCGUCACGGGCCCAGGAAUUUUAGAGCGCCUCAUGUCCAAGAUGCUCUGGGGAACACCGCGAGAAAUGACGAUUCCAGAAAUCAAAGAAGCAGUCCAGCAGUUCGCGCGCGCCGCCAAAUUCGUGCACGAAGCCGGGUUUAAAGGGAUCGAGCUCCACGGCGCCCACGGCUAUCUAAUCACGCAGUUCCUCUCUUCCAAGAUCAAUUUCAGGACCGAUGAGUACGGCGGAACCCCUGCGAAGCGCGCGAGGUUUCUGAUUGAAGUCAUCCGCGCGAUCCGAGCUGUCGUACCUGCUACAUUCGCUGUAGGUGUAAAGUUCAAUUCGGCGGAUGUAGGUGGACAGGAGAGCCUUGAAGAGAACUUGGAGCAGCUGGGGCUCGUCGUCGCGGAGCAAGUCGACUUUAUUGAGAUCAGCGGCGGGACGUACGAGAACAUGCGCAUGGGAGGGCCUGAGAAGCCGAAAGCUGAGCGCACUAUAGAGCGCGAAGCGUUUUUCUUGGAUUACGCGAGUAUCGUGCGUGAACGGUUCCCAAAAGUCAUAUUGAUGGUUACUGGAGGGUUUCGGACUCGGAGAGGUAUGAUUGCUGCUCUGGAGAGCGGUGCCUGCGAUAUCGUUGGGGUGGGGAGGCCUGCGACAGUGUGGCCGCAUUUGGUGAAGGAUAUUAUUCUGAACGACGAAGUGGGAGAUGAUGACGCGAAUGUUGUUCUGCCGCCGAUACAUCCUCCUUGGUUGGUUAGACAGCUGGGAAUCAAGAUGAUUAAUAAUUCGGCUGAUACGAUGCAUCACGUUGUGAAUAUCGGGCUGAUGGGAGAGGGGAAGAAGCCUAUACAUCCAUCGGAAAAGGCUUAG